AUGCGCCUGCUGGAGGCUAGUCAAUUUGUAAAUUCGUCACGACGACUUCACGAACUCACCCAAGAUUCCCUUCUCAUCCAGAUCACGGACGGCCAGUCGGCCACCAAACCUGCCCCAGAGAGCCCAGAUGACGAGGUAGCCCAGCCGCCACUGCACUGCCAGUCCAGUCCUCUCCUAGAGCCUCCAAUAACUGCAUCAGAUCAGAAGGGAAGCGCCCCGUGCUCACUGCUCGCAGUGCUGUUCUCGGAUCUCGCGGCGGAAGUCGUCGGUCCAGUACUCCAGUCACAGUCAGCGAGCGAACGAGCCCUCUCGGUGGAUUCCCCGAUCCGAGCAAAGCAACCCGACAUGCGGCCGCGGCUGGUGCUCUUCGGCGACUCCAUCACCGAGCAGUCCUUCGCGUCCGGCGGAUGGGGCGCCGCGCUCACCGACCGCUUCGCCCGCCAGGCGGACGUCGUGCUGCGCGGGUUGAGCGGCUACAACACGCGGUGGGCGCUCAAGGUGCUGCCACGGGCCAUGGAGGGCGCGGCGGACGCGGGCGCGGACCCGGCGGCGGUGACCGUCUUCUUCGGCGCCAACGACGCCUCGCUGCCCGACCAGGUGCAGGCGCACCAGCACGUGCCGCUCCAGGAGUACCAGAGCAACCUCCGCGCCAUCUGCGCCUACUUCAAGGAGCGAUGGCCCUCCACUGCUAUCAUACUCAUCACUCCCCCACCGAUUUAUGAACCAGCGAGAAUCCGGGACAUGUAUGGAGAAGACGACCCUUCACGCCAACCAGAAAGAAGCAAUGAGGCUGCUGGCGCUUAUGCUCAGGCAUGCAUAGCUGUUGCCACAGAAUUGAAUCAUCCAGUUAUAGACAUCUGGACGAAGAUGCAGGAAUUUCCAGAUUGGCAAACAUCUGCACUGAGCGACGGGCUCCACUUCACGCCGGCAGGAAACAAGAUCCUGUUCGACGAGGCGGCGAAGACGCUGGCGAGCAUCGGUUUCAGCCAGGAGAGGCUCCCAUCCGACCUCCCCCUGUUCCACGAGAUCGACCCCAAGGACCCCAUGAAAGCCUUCGGCGCUUGA